UUGCUAAAGAAUUAUUCUCAAGAAACCAGCUGGAGCCAGGAUUUUUCUCGCGGAGAGAAAACCGUUGUCGUCAUCAAAACAGAGCCUGCUUCGAUUGGUCGCCAGUGUAGUAGUGAGAAGGGAUGAAUCUCGAAUGAACUUUAUUCGGAAAUUGUUUGUUUUUGUUUUCGCUUCGGUAGGGGGUUGUAAACGAGGUUCAUCCGAUGGAACCAACACCAUUAGGAUAUCAUCCACCCUACCGAGGGAGGGUAAUAUGUAGGGUGGAAAAACAUCACGUGAAUCGGCAAAAGCCACCAGAAUUUUUCCCAGAGAAUGGAGGUUCUCUCUCUCUUGUUUGGGGUACAUUCCGGGGAGCUGAGCUAAAGGAUGACGACAUACGGGUUGGAGCUCGCAUGGUCCGUCGGUCCUCAGUCAGUCGAGAUGCAGAAUUGGCCGUGUUCGGUUCGGUGGUACGCUUAGCUAGUGGUUGGUCGUCAUCGUGUGUUAGACGGUUCGUUGGCUCCUGUUUGCCCGGGGGUAACCCUUCCGGUUCCAGAGUGUAUUCCCGGGGGUCAGUGGAGAGGGAAGUUCUGUAAAGUGUAGAAAGGAUAAUAUACGGCUUUAUUGGAUAUAGAGUGUGGUUGGUUGCAUAAACGAAGGAGACGCAUGAUGAUUUGAGAUGCGAUACAGCUCUGGAAAGGGAGAUAAACUCGGUUACUAGGAAACUGGAGCUGCUAGCCUACUAAUGUCGGGAAAAAUCCUCUUCUGCUUGUUCGGAUUGAUGAGUUAGCUGGAGAGAGGGAAUGAGCAGCAGUGCACUUCGGCUUUGGGAGAGAGCGAGCAUCUGGUGUUCAAGAAUCGUGACGUGAUUUUCUGGAAUUUGGUGUGCUAUGACGGUCCAGUCGUAAAAAGGAUGCUGUGGAUGUGAUUCCCUGUGAAUAAUUGGAUGAAAGUGAACAGCAAAAAAUCUGAAUUUCAACCUGAUGUCGAGUGCUCUGCACGAAGCCUAAGCACGUGAGCAGUUUUCUGAAGUGGGAUUAGCGUAAAUGACGAAGUGAAAUUGUUCAGUGGAAGACAAAUUGGUGAACCGUAGUGGAUAUAUGCGUUGAGUGUGUUAUGGAGUAAGAAAAACUACGACAGCUGUUUUCCAAACAAAACUUAGGAGGUCUGUCACCAACGUUUCGACGAAGGAUGUUUGCAGCAGUAAAAAAUAUUGACGAAGGCAGCUCGAAUCCAUUGAAAGGAAAACGUGUUCUUUAUCGUAAAAUUUAGAAGUUGAAAAGUUUAAAAUAGUGUUCAUUGAAGGUAGCUACCGCCGCGCGUUCAGUGUUAAUCGAAGCAUAAAAUAGUUUAUCGUGUCGUAUUUGAGAUCUCUAGCCAGUAGUAGCGUACCGUUGAUAUCGUAGAAGUUCCCAAUUCGAUUAGAUUGUCUCCGUUUUAGAAGUAGAAUCGUUACAAUAAUCGUUAAAUUCACUGCCCACUCGAUGAUCGUGAAACUUCGAAGCAGACGAGGAAGCUAAUUUGCAAUCAAUUUAGAAGAGUGUUCAUCAGGGAAGCCCAAAGCCAACUUCCAACAAGAGCCGGAAAUUAAUUUACGUGGAUUGUGAAGCGUGUCAAGCCAGCAAUGGGCGAUAAUCAACUUUCAGUUAAGCAAGAUUCAUCGUCAUCAUCCGCAGACCAAUCCGAACCAGACGCAAACUUAGCAAUGUCGUCCGGAAAUGCCACCACUAUCUGCAGAGGAGCGACUAGCGCGACAACGCCACCAUCAACUGCAGCCACAUUUCGGAAGCGCUGGCGGCGUACAACCAGCUUCCAUCGACAUCGCCAUAAAAGGCUGCCCCGGGACGCCGGCGACUCCACCGACGUAAUGGAAACUCAAUCCCACACAUUGCACAACGGCAACGACGACAGUGGCACGGCAAAUGCUACAAUCCGUCUACAGCACUGCCAACCGCCAUCCGAAGCGGGGAACAAUCUCGCGGAUGUGACUAGAACUAGUAGUAUUAAGCACCACCCACGCAUUCCAAUCUCGAUAAGCACUGCUGCCACUGGUCGCCCAAGUCCCAGUGGGAAACGUUCCGGAGGAGGUUGGUGGUCUUUUGUUCAACAUCCAGCCUCGAGCAGUAGUACCAGUUGUUCGACUAGCUGGCGAUGGAAUUUUGUCCUAGUUUUCACGGUUGUAGGACCACUAAUGCUACUGUCCUGUCUCUUGUCGCCGGUCCUGGCAGCGAAAUCGGGUCAGUCAGGGAUCGUCAUCAGUUCAGCUGCAGAAACAGUGGGAGUCGAUGAACCGGUGGCCGCUGCCCAGAAACAAUCGCGCCGUCAGUGUGCCAUGUCGGAACAUUCCUGCAACAAUGGACGGUGCGUUCCGCUGAACAAGUACUGCAACAACGUCAACGACUGCGGCGACGGAAGCGACGAGCCACGGUUUUGCACCAGAUGCAAUCGAACCUACUAUGGCAACAUUGGACUGACGUACGAUCUGGAGCUGCACCGGCCCAAAGAGGAUCGCAUUCCGUACGUGUGCAUACUGACGUUUACAGCCGCCGGGGGAAACCACGGGGACAUCGUUCAGAUCACCCUGGACAGUUUCACUUUGGGCAAAUUUGUGUCCUACACGGAAAAUGGCUGCCCCGAUGGAUACCUGCAAGUGGCAGAGGCUUCCCGAACGCCCGUCGGAGGAAUGUGGUGCGGAACGACCUGGGGACCGGCGACAUUCUUCAGCGAGACCCGGUCGCUCGUAAUGACAGUUAAAUUGCUCAAACUCUCCCGCGACCAAAGUGGCUACAAUUUCGACUUUCGGAUAAAGUACAAAAUGCUCUCGCGUGACAGUGCCGUCGUCCGGUACGGAGGCAUCAAGAACGAACCCAUCGCACCGUGGACCAACGUCAGCUACAUUCCCAAUUAUCCGAUAAUUGACGAUUUCACCAACUCGACGGCCCAUUCGGAGAAGCAGUUCAGCGGACAACGUUCCGGCAGCAGUUCGAUGGAGCUGGCCUUCGACAACUCAACCGGAAGGGCCUACGGUGGGUCGUUUGGUUCCGGCAGCAUCGGCAGUGGUGGCUUCUUUCAGAGUCAAAACCGAGAACGACCGUAUUCAAUUAGGAACCUUACUUCACUGGCAUUCCAGCCGGGAGGUGGCGCCCAGACAGAGAACUACACCGAACCGAAGUACUAUCUAGGUGACUUAAUGCCAGGGACUUACUGCUCGAGGAUUUUCACCAACUGUGAUAAGAAGGCCUGCCGGCUGCAGUCGCCCAACUUUCCGGGUGUCUACCCACGGAACUUGACCUGCUAUUUUGCCGUUCGACAGGAGAAAAUCGCUGCUGGAUUCUAA